AUGGAGGUGUACGGACUCUUCAUCAAGGGGCUGAACACCGAGACGGUCUCCACGGUUGUCAAUGACUUGGAAAUUGGGGCAGUGCAACACCAAUGCAUUCCGCAGGCCAUUCUGUCGAUGGACAUUGUGUGUCAGGCCAAGUCGGGAAUGGGUAAGACUGCAGUGUAUGUGUUGUCCACUCUCCACCAAUUGGAGGAGUCGUGCACGAGUGUGAACACUCUCGUGUUGUGUCACACUCGGGAGUUGGCCUUCCAGAUAUCCAAGGAGUAUGAGCGAUUCUCCAAGUACUUGCCCAACGUGAAAGUGGCCGUGUGUUUCGGGGGGAUUCCCAUGCAGUACGACAUCAGCAAGCUGAGGAAGAACCCGCAGGUGGUGGUGGGCACUCCCGGGAGGAUUCUGCAGUUGACGGUGGAGAACCACCUCAACCUGAGCAAGUGUCAUCACUUUGUGGUGGACGAGUGUGACAAAGUGUUGGACAAGGCGGAUAUGCGGUCGGAUGUGCAGGAUAUAUUCCGCAAGACUCCCCACGACAAGCAGGUGAUCAUGUUCAGUGCCACUCUCCCCAAGUCCAUUCGCCCUGUCUGUCUCAAGUUUAUGCAGGAUGUGAGUGUGUUCUCUCAUGUGUAGCCAUUGGAAAUAUACAUCGACGACGAGUCUAAACUCACCCUCCACGGACUCCAGCAGUACUAUGUCAAGCUGGAGGAGAACGCAAAGACAAGGACUCUCUUCAAACUGCUGGAGUCACUGAGUGUGAACCAGACCAUAAUAUUUGUGCGGACUGUCAAUCGGUGUAUUGCACUCACCGAACUACUUCUCUCGGGGAAUUUUGAAGUGAUAUGCAUCCACCGGGGAAUGCAGCAGGAAGAGAGACUUAAGAGAUAUCAACUGUUUAAAGACUUUGAGAAGAGGAUACUCGUGGCUACUGACUUGUUUGGGAGGGGAAUGGACAUUGAGAGGGUGAAUGUGGUCUUCAACUACGACAUGCCUGACGAUGCGGACAGUUUCCUCCAUCGAGUUGCCAGGGCUGGUCGGUUCGGGACGAAGGGAAUUGCUGUGACAUUUGUGUCCAACAGUACGGACAAUGGAGUGCUCAAUGAUGUCCAGAAGAGGUUCGAAGUGACCAUUAAUGAGUUGCCUGAAAAGAUCGACCCCAACAGCUACGGUUUGCUCGUUGUGUUUAUUCCUAGACGAACGGAAGGAAUAGCAAGGGCUCUAAAGUCCAAAUCACCGUUGGAGAGGUGCAAUUGCGACAAAAGUGUUGAGCGGGAAAGGCUCGAUCCUUAA